GUCCGGUUUUCUGAUUUUGCUUGUUCUUUGUAACAAACAUUGGACAGUUUCUUCGUGGCUGGUGAGUGCGAAUCGCUGUAGCUCCUCCGCCGCCGCGUCAAAGAAGAAUAAUGCCUGUGAAAUGGGUUUUGUAUUGGCAACCAAACCAAGGAUCGACAGUAAGCACCCAGAUCCUCAACGAGGCCGCCCAGUGCGCGGAGAGCAUCAACGGCGUCAAAGAAGGCAGGUGGAAAGCCACUCUCAACUACUACAAACCCAUGCUGCGAGACCAGUCCAACCACCCCGACCUCCCCCGCGAUUUCCUAGGGAUCUCGCUCGCGGACCAGCCCAGCAAGUACUACUUCAUCAUCAGGUCCCAGAGGAUCGUCGUGGAGGCCGACGCCACCAUUCAGCUCAUCAUGGAGAAGCUCCAGUCCUACAAAUCCAAAGUCUCCCUCUACUUCGACGGGUUUCAGUAUCAGCUCGGUGAUUUUCGGUUGAGGGUUGGGAGGGUCGUUCCUGUUCACUCCGAGAGUAUCAGAGGCAUUGUUAUGGAGGUGGAGUAUCUUCCUAUUUCAUCCAUGGAGAAGGCCAGAAAAGUGAUGGAGGAGUUUGUAGAGAUAUGGCAUGAAGCUCUGUCUAAAAGGUCCUUGUCAGGGAAGUUUGUGAACUCAGAGCUCAACUUUGGGGAGUUUGGACUUGCGGAUACCUACACUCCACAGCACACUGGUGUUCAGUACGCUAUCGUCAUGGCUCACAUGAUUGCAACGGUUCAACCUGUAGUGAGAGGCUAAAACUAUAUUACAGCUUCCCGUUGUGAUGAUGCUAGUGUGUUUCAUUGUUCAGUUUUAUGAUAUAACAUUGAGAAUAUGUAUUGUUUAGAAGAGUUUAGAACUCAUUAUCCA